CUCGGCUCGGACCACCAUAACUGGUGAUCUUUUCCCUUCUGGUUUCGAUUGCUUAGUAAAGGGAAUUUGGAUUUUUACAUUUUUGAUACAUAUCCGUACGGUGAAGUGAUGUCUUCGACAAAGUUUUUCUUCCCAAACUCUGUAUAAGAGCUCAAAAAGAUUUUUUAAUCCAAGUUUUCUAAAAUUCUAUUAAAGUUGACUCAUUUUGACACAUCCUCAUGCGUAUUGUAACCCUAAUUUAUAUUUACACCAAAUUUGUUGACUCAGUUUUGUUCACUGUGAUUACCGGAAUUAUGUUUGCUUGUUUCGAAGACGCCAUCAACAUACGCUCUGGAAAAGGACAGAAAAAGUUUCAAAACGGAAUUGACGUUUCUGCGUAUUUCAUCUCAUUAUGCUAAGUGGAAGAAUUAAAGUGUUACAAAAUACCACAUUUCACAUUCAGGAUGUUUGAACAUUUUUUGUUUUCCAAUGAAACUGUGGCGUUGUAGCAUUCGUAAUGAAAAUCAUAAAUAAGGAAAUGAUUUCUAGAUUGACCACAGUCAACGCCCUCAACCAUGCAAUCGCACAAGGUAUUAUUGCUGGUGUUGUCCAACAUUUCCGCCCUCGUAAAUCUUCAACCAGUUUGUCAUCUAAGUGAUUGCAGUCUUAAUUCGCCCCUAAACUGUUCACUAGCUUCGGAUAUCACAUACCUGCCUUCCUUUCCGGUAACACCUCGAACAAAACCGGUCCCAUCGAGAAGGGCGUUGCCCCAUCUGUUCGAUUACUUCUACGAUCCCACCGGAACCAAUUGCGUGUACAUUGUUUUGUCUAUCAACAUGCAACAACUCAUCGAUGGAUUUCAUCUAGCGCUUACAAUUUCCCACACGGCCGCGAUGUAUCACUUCGAAGUGCUGUCGAUGAAGUUCGAAUCGCUUCCGGGGUCCGGAUGCUUCCGGAUCGUUGACCAAUCAUCGCCCUGUUCCACGACGGAACGGUUCCGGCUGACGCUGCUGGAUCGAGAGAACUUUUUGCUCGAAGAUGUGGCCCUUCGGGAUCCAGCACUGGGAAAUCCGCAAAUGUACUUUCGGCAGCAAUCAGCUUCCAGUUAUUUGCAGUCGGACGCGUGUGUUCGAGACCGGGGAGAUUCCUACGAAGGACACUUCUGGAAAAUGCUGAUACUUGCGAGGAACUGUUCUGCUCGAAAGGUUGAGCAUGGGAACAGCAAUCGAAUACCGGAUAAAAUGAGAGUUAUUUCAAAUAUGUCCAUCAAUUUGAAUGAACCAAGGCAUGAACCUGGUCAAGCAAGAAUGCAAGAAAUUGUGAGGAAUGAUACUAUGAACGAGCCUUAAAUUUGUGUAAUUUCGAUUAAACCCAAAAAAAUGUUGUUUGCUGAUUGA